AUUGACAUCUACAGCGCCAGCUGGGGUCCCACUGAUGACGGAAAGACGGUGGACGGACCGAGAAAUGCCACCAUGAGGGCCAUUGUCAGGGGCGUCAAUGAGGGUCGAAGAGGUUUGGGCAACAUCUACGUUUGGGCGUCGGGCGACGGCGGCGAGGACGACGACUGCAACUGUGACGGCUACGCAGCCAGCAUGUGGACCAUCUCCAUCAACUCGGCGAUCAACGACGGACAGAAUGCACACUACGAUGAGUCCUGCUCCAGCACACUGGCUUCCACCUUCAGCAACGGCGCCAAGGAUCCUCACACCGGAGUGGCCACCACUGACCUGUACGGUAAGUGCACCAAAACGCACUCGGGCACCUCGGCAGCGGCUCCCGAAGCCGCCGGCGUCUUUGCACUGGCUCUGGAAGCAAACCCGAACCUGACCUGGCGAGACAUGCAGCACCUGUGCGUGUUGACCUCUAAGCGGAACUCCCUGUACGACAGCAAAAAGCGCUUCUUCUGGAACAUGAACGGCGUCGGCCUCGAAUUCAACCACCUCUUCGGCUAUGGCGUCCUGGACGCGGGCGCCAUGGUCGCCCUCUCCAAAAUGUGGAUCAGCGUGCCGCCCCGCUUCCACUGCGAAGCGGGCGCCAUCAUCGAGACGCACCCCAUUCCCUACAACAGCAGCAGCCUCUACCUGACGAUCAACACCGAGGCCUGCGCCAAGAGCGACACCGAGGUAAACUACAUCGAGCACGUCCAGGCGGUGAUCACGCUGAACUCCACGCGACGGGGCGACGUCACACUCCACCUCAUCUCGCCCAUGGGCACAAAGUCAAUGAUCCUGAGCCGAAGGCCAAACGACGACGAUCACCACGACGGCUUCGUAAAGUGGCCCUUCAUGACCACCCACACCUGGGGCGAGAAUCCGCGCGGCGUGUGGAAGUUGGAGGUGCAGCACAGCGGUCCCACCGAGCAGAGCGGCUUCAUCAAGGAGUGGACGCUGAUGGUGCACGGCACCAAGGAGCAGCCCUACAAGAACCUGCCCGUGGAGGACAACAACUCGAAGCUGGCCAUCGUCAAGAAGGCUCACGAGGACGCCUACAAGAAGCACCGUCGCUAA